AUGUCUGGAGGCCUUGCAGACCCUCAUGCCUUUCGGCUGUCUUUGAUUCUUGGUCAACCGUUCUUCUUGGUAACCGCAAUCUCGCAGGUCCUCACAUGGUCUCUCACAUUCAUUGCCCAGUGCCUAGCUGAAGCACGGUAUCACUCAUCGCGUGGUUCGGACGGUGCAAAGCCGACAGGUACGCCCAUUGGGAUCGGUUGGUUUGCAAUAUUUUACCAGCUUUUUAUCGUUUACCGAGUCCUCAGUAGUGUGGGUUCUGAGUCCGAGUACCCAGCUCGGGGGUCAAUCGCAACAUUGGUCGCUGUUAAUGUCGUGGUAGGAAUUCUGUGCAGCAAUUCAGCCAUCUAUGUCCAUCAUGAAAUCGCAUCAUCAUUGUAUGGAUACGGAUGGAUGAUCUUAUCCAGCCUCAACCUAGCAUGGCUACUUUAUUUCACAUCAUCGGAUCAAUCACGGCUUUUGUCGUUUCUGAAUCCGAGCUUCCAGCGAAAGCAACUCAUCCGUUCCAGUAUCAAUCUCCGCCGCUCUACUUCCCACUUCAAUCCCAAUUUGCCUAACAUCGCAUCUGAAUCUCCAAACCAUUAUACCGGAUCUCAUAUCAUCACGUUGGGGCAAAAUCAAACGGCGGAGUCGCGUCCUAGUUUACACAACGAAAAGCUUGCAAACGAAGUAACUUCUGCACUGUUACCCACCAAUCAACCAUAUUUACCAGAAGGCUACGGUGAUCAUGAUUCUCACAGGAUAUUACCAAACCAUCAACAUGAAAACCCAGCGACUAAUAAUGCCAACAUAGCGCCUCAAAUGCAACCUGUAUCGCAGUAUAAUCAUCCAAACUUGCAACUCCAGGACCCAAACUUUUAUUCUCGGCUGCAUGAACAAAGCAAUAACCAACCUGGACAGCAGCAACACUCUAACUAUCAAUCGAGCCGCGCGGACCCGCCCUUAAAUACCCAUCAGAUGAACCUCCAACAUUACCCCAAUCCUGCCGACUCUCCGGAAACGAACUUUCUGGCAAUGCCUGUCCUUGAUAGAACACUUUUGAGUCAAGCUUACCGGCAAGAGGAGCUCAGAAGUGUCACAAACACCGAGAGCGUGACCCCAUCAUCGCCCGCCCCCUCCAAGCCAGUCGAGUUCACCAAAAAGGCAAAAGCGUUGUAUACAUACAAAGCCUCGCCUACCGAUCCCAAUGAGAUCGGCUUUGAAAAAGGUGAAACAUUGGAUAUCUUGAAUCACAGUGGUAAAUGGUGGCAAGCAAGACGAGCUAAUGGCGAAUCUGGAAUCGUACCAUCUAACUAUUUCCAGAUGCUACCAAAUCCAUAA